AUGCGGGUUCGAUCCCUGGAUCAGGAAGAUCCUCUGGAGAAGGAAAUGGCAACGCACUCCAAUAUUUUUGCCUGGAAAAUCCUAUGGACAGAGGAGCCUGGCAGGCUACAGUCAAGUGAAAGUCACUCAGUCAUGUCUGACUCUUUGCGACCUCAUGGACUGUAUAGACCAUGGAAUUCUCAAGCCCAGAAUACUGGAGUUGAUAGCUGUUCCCUUCUCCAGGGGAUCUUCCCAACCCAGGGAUCGAACCCCGGUCUCCUGCAUUGCAUGCAGAUUCUUUGCCAGCUGAGCCACAAGGGAAGCCCAAGAAUACUGGAGUGGGUAGCCUAUCCCGUCUCCAGCGGAUCUUCCCGAACCAAGAAUUGA